AUGUCACAAAAUAGACCCGGAGGUGUGUUCUCAGGCCUGCGCAUGGGUGAAGUCGUUAGAGAGAAAGUCCAGGAUGGACUGACCGGUGAGACGCGAGAGAUCCAGUACACCCAGUGCAAAAUCGUCGGCAAUGGUUCUUUUGGUGUCGUCUUUCAGACAAAGCUCUCGCCUUCUGGUGAGGACGCUGCCAUCAAACGGGUUCUACAAGACAAACGCUUCAAGAACCGCGAAUUGCAGAUCAUGCGCAUUGUUCGACACCCCAACAUUGUGGAACUCAAGGCUUUCUACUAUUCAAACGGCGAGCGGAAAGACGAGGUCUACCUCAACCUCGUGCUCGAGUACGUGCCAGAGACCGUAUACCGCGCCUCCCGCUACUUCAAUAAAAUGAAGACCAGCAUGCCAAUUCUCGAGGUCAAGCUCUACAUCUACCAACUCUUCCGAUCGCUCGCAUACAUCCACUCACAAGGCAUCUGUCAUCGAGACAUCAAGCCACAGAACCUGCUGCUCGAUCCUGCUACUGGUGUGCUUAAGCUGUGCGAUUUUGGAAGUGCCAAGAUCCUGGUCGAGAAUGAGCCCAACGUCUCGUACAUCUGUUCGAGAUACUAUCGCGCUCCCGAGUUGAUAUUCGGUGCCACCAACUACACCACCAAGAUUGACGUCUGGUCGACCGGAUGUGUCAUGGCGGAGCUGAUGCUUGGUCAGCCUCUGUUCCCCGGAGAGUCUGGCAUUGACCAAUUGGUGGAAAUCAUCAAAGUCCUCGGAACGCCGACUCGCGACCAAAUUCGCACCAUGAACCCUAACUACAUGGAGCACAAAUUCCCUCAGAUCAAGCCUCAUCCUUUCAACAAGGUCUUCCGAAAGGCAUCGCAGGAAGCUAUCGAACUGAUCGGAGCGCUGUUGGAAUACACGCCAACCCAGCGACUGUCAGCCAUCGACGCCAUGUGCCAGCCAUUUUUCGACGAGUUGCGAGAGCCUGGAACGCGAUUGCCUGAUUCACGUCAUGUUGGAAACUCGUUGAGGGAUCUUCCAGCUCUUUUCGACUUCUCACGACAUGAAUUGUCAAUCGCCCCGCAUCUCAAUCAUAAGCUGGUUCCACAGCAUAUCCAGCCUCGACUGGCCGCGCAAGGACUUGAUAUUGAUAAUUUCACUCCUAUGAAUAAGGACGAAAUGAUGGCACGGCUUGAUUGA